AUGUCUGAAGUACAAGGAACUGUUGAGUUUUCUGUAGAGCUACAUAAAUUUUAUAAUGUGGAUCUCUUUCAGAGAGGGUAUUACCAGAUCCGAGUGACCUUGAAGGUGUCCUCAAGGAUUCCCCACAGAUUGAGCGCUUCCAUCGUUGGGCAGACAGACAGCAGCAGCCUGCAUUCAGCCUGUGUCCAUGAGAGCACUGUACACAGCCGGAUCUUUCAGAUCUUAUACAGGAAUGAAGAGGUGCCCAUAAAUGAUGCUGUGAUCUUCCGAGCUCAUUUGCUCUUAGAUGGUGAAAGGGUGGAAGAGACACUAAGUGAAGUCGAUUUUCAGCUCAAGGUGGACCUGCACUUUACGGACAGCGAACAGCAGCUGAGGGACGUGGCCGGGGCACCCAUGAUCAGCAGCCGCACGCUAUGCUUGCACUUCCACCCUCGGAAAGGUCUGCACCACCAGGUCCCCGUCAUGUUCGACUAUUUUCACCUGUCAGUGAUCUCGGUGACCAUCCACGCUGCCCUGGUGGCUCUGCAGCAGCCUCUGAUCAGUUUUACUCGUCCCGGAAGAGGCUCCUGGCUUGGUAAAGCUGGCCCAGACACAGGACCAGAACCAUCUAGCCUUUCUCUGGAGAACCUGGUCUUUGGAGCUGGAUACUGCAAGCCGGCUUCCUCAGAGGGGAGCUUCUACGUGCCCUCCGAGAACUGCAUGCAGCAUGCUUACAAGUGGCACCGGGAGCUGUGCUUCCUGCUCUUACACGCCUACCGGGGACUCCAUGCCUACUUCCUGGUCAUCAUGAAGGACAUCCCAGAGCUGCCACACAUGGAGCUGGAGUCCCUUGCUGUUGAAGAAACGCUUUCUCAGCUGUGCUCGGAGCUACAGAUGUUGAACAAUCCAGAGAAGAUAGCUGAACAGAUAAGUAAGGAUCUCGCCUGGCUCGCCUCCCACCUGAUGGCUCUGUGGACCCAAUUCCUGGAUACGGUGACGCUACACUCCCAAGUGACCACUUACCUCACCCAGGAACAUCACACCUUGAGGGUCCGAAGGUUUUCUGAGGCCUUCUUUUAUAUGGAGCACCAAAAACUCUCAGUCCUGACCUUUCAGGAAAAUCUGACGCAGACCCACAGCCAGCUGUCUCUGGAUGUCCGGAAUUCAGAGUACCUCACCACGAUGCCCCCGCUGCCUGCUGAGUGCCUGGACAUCGACGGCGACUGGAACACCCUGCCAGUUAUCUUUGAGGACAGAUAUGUGGACUGCCCUGUGACAGGGCAUAAUUUGAGUGUUUACCCUAAUUUUGAUGUUCCAGUGACAAGUCCUGCAAUAAUGAAUUUAAAAGACAGAGAAGAGAACCAUCUUGUCAAUAGAAAAUCAUCUUUUAGGGAAGACCUUGUCUUGCCCACCAUGAAACCACCCCCAAUGGACUCUGAUGAAGAGGUCAUCAGGUGUCCAGAGCCAGAUGAGAAUGUAACCACCCCUAAUCAUGUGGACGUGUGCUCUGAAUCUCAGGUGUAUCUGACAAUUGGUGAAUUCCAGAACAAAGCAGGCUUACCUGAAGACGAAUGUUGGACUGGCCAAAAGUCUGAUGUUGGACUGCUUCCAUUGGCAGAUGAGGACCUUCCUAGGAGUCCGGGCCCAGAGGAUGGCCAGGCCCCAGCACUGACCUACAUUGAUGUGAAAUCUAGCAAUAAGAACCCCUGCAGAGCUGAACCCACAGUGGCUCGUAGUGCUAAGCAUGACAGUGGGCACUCUCAAGAUAACCAUGAAAUAGACAGAGCUGUGCUAAGCAAAGGAGUAGCAGGUGGAAGUCAUCAAAAUGCCAUCUCUUCACAAAAAACAGCACUCCAUGAGUUAGGUACUCUAGGAAAGGGAACAGACCAAGAGAGUAAGAUGGUGCUGCUAAAUCUGAAGCUCAUCCCCUCUGAGCCCUGUGACCCACUAAGCUCUACUUUGAGGGAUCCCUUGGACAUUAGGGCUUCCCCAAAGGACCCUCACACAGAGGAGCAGGACGAAGUAUCAGUGCUAUCUGGGGUCAUUAAGAGAUCUUCUUCCAUAAUCUCUGAUUCAGGCAUUGAGAGUGAACCAAGCUCUGUUGCCUGGUCUGAAGUCCGAAGCAGAGCCCUGGACUUACCCAGUGACCGGGAAGUCUUGCACCAGCUGGUUCGAAGACAUGCCCUGCACAGGAACUCUUUAGAGGGUGGUCACACAGAGAGUAAUACGAGUUUGCCAAGUGGGAUCCAGGCAUCCCUCACCUCCAUUAGCUCUUUGCCUUUUGAGGAGGAGGAGCGGGAGUUGGCACUCACCAAAUUGACCAAGUCUGUAUCUGCACCCCAAAUCAGUAGCCCAGAGGAGUCUGCUGAAGAUAUAGACACUAUGCAGCAAGAUGGAGGUCUUGCUGAAACUUCAGCUGUGCACAUCAAGAGCAUAGAUCCCCUAGGACACGGCAGUCAACUUAGUGGUGGCUCCAGAAUCCAGGACACUGGGGUAAACCAUUCCCUUGUGGAGGUGGUUUCAGAUGCUAACAAUCCGCAGGGCCCUGGAUACAUAGACAUCCCCAAAGGUAAAGAGAGUCAGUUAGAUCCUCAAGGACCCUGUUGUCGUGAUGGCAGGACUGAGAACCCUCCAGGUGUUGAAACCACAGGUCUUAAUUUAAAAAUACCACGUGUCAUAGCAGUUGAAAACCCUAGGAACAGAUCUUUUUCUAGACCACUAAUGGAGGCCCCUAAGGGCAUGCCUAAAGACUUGAAUAAGGGGAAAGGAGCUCUUUCCAACAGCAGCAUCUCAGAUGUUGAGAGUAUCAGUCACCAUAAGGUGUCUGAAUUGAGCCGUACAUCAGAUGCUGAGCCCACCAGCCUGGAUUCAACAGGUGAGCAAAGCAGCUCACCUUGCAUCAUUGAUGAUACAGCAUUUAGCAGACGCACCAACUCCUUUCUGGAGGUUGGACAUGAAGCAGGCACUGUGUGCUCCACUGUGACUCACUCCAUUCCCUCCCAAGUUUUGGGAAACCAGGAGCCACGGGCAGGCACUUCUGUCAUGGCAUCCCACUUGACCCCCACAGAGACUUUCACUCUGGAGAGCCUGAAAGCUGUGGAGGUUGUCAACUUAUCUGUGUCUUGCACUGCCACAUGUCUCCCCUUUUCAUCUGUGCCAAAGGAGCCCCCUGCCAGGGCUGGAUUCUCUUCCAAACAGACCCCAUUUCCCAUCACUCAUCAACCUAUGGGUUCUUUUGGAGUCGUUUCUACCCAUUCCAGCAAGUUGGAGGAAGAAAUCAGUGAAAGGAUGUUUAGUUUUUAUCAGGCCAAAGAAAAGUUUAAAAAAGAACUGAAGAUUGAUGGAUUUCUGUACAGUGACUUAUCUGUACUAGCUUCUGAUAUACCGUAUUUCCCACCAGAGGAAGAGGAAGAAAAUUUGGAAGAUGGGAUUCACCUGGUAGUCUGUGUCCAUGGCCUAGAUGGGAACAGUGCAGACCUCCGGCUGGUAAAGACUUUCAUAGAACUGGGGCUCCCUGGAGGAAAACUGGACUUCCUAAUGUCUGAAAAGAAUCAGAUGGAUACAUUUGCAGACUUUGACACCAUGACGGAUCGGCUAUUAGAUGAAAUCAUUCAGCACAUACAGUUAUACAACCUCUCCAUAUCCCGAAUUAGCUUCAUAGGCCAUUCUCUUGGCAACAUCAUCAUCCGAUCAGUCCUAACGCGGCCCCGGUUCCGGUAUUACCUCAACAAACUCCACACAUUCCUGUCGCUGUCCGGGCCUCACCUAGGGACCCUGUAUAAUAACAGCACCCUGGUUAGUACAGGCUUGUGGCUCAUGCAGAAACUGAAGAAAUCCGGAUCCCUUUUGCAGCUGACCUUCAGGGAUAAUGCUGAUCUGCGCAAAUGUUUCCUCUACCAACUAAGCCAAAAAACAGGUCUACAGUAUUUUAAAAACGUCGUGCUGGUUGCUUCUCCCCAAGACCGCUAUGUGCCAUUUCAUUCAGCCAGGAUCGAAAUGUGUAAAACUGCCCUCAAAGACAGACACGCAGGGCCGGUUUACGCGGAAAUGAUCAACAACCUUCUCCGCCCACUGGUUGAAGCCAAGGACUGCACUUUAAUUCGACACAACGUGUUCCACGCCCUGCCCAACACUGCCAACACCCUGAUCGGCCGAGCGGCUCAUAUUGCUGUGCUGGACUCAGAACUCUUCCUGGAGAAGUUCUUCUUGGUGGCGGGACUCAAUUACUUCAAGUAG